AUGAAGUUCUUCACUGUUUUCUCUGCCCUGUUGGUCUCAGGUUCUGCUCUUGCUGCAUACGUUCCCCGUGGAAACACAGCUGUUGGUCUGUCGCAAGGCUCCACUGAGCUUGUCAGCCGAGACGCCGGUCUGCAAGCCAGAGCCGAGGAGAAGUCCGACACCCACGACUCUCAGAACGGCCCAGCCAAUCCUCUCGAUGCCUUUUUCAUUGAAUUGAAGCAUGCUGCCACUGAUGGCAAUGAUGCCGCAGAAACUUUGGAAAAGCGCAAUGUUCUCAACAGCUUUUUGGGAAGCGUGGUUGAUGUGAUCGGCCCUGACACUCCGGAUUUCAACCAGCUGGUCGGCCGUGGCUUCAAUGUCACUGCCAAGUAUGUUGCUUCAGUCGACUUCAAUGCUCUUUCAAAAGAGGGUAUUGAAUGGGUGUCCGACAAGAUUUCUUCUAAUUCUAACAUCCCUGGUGCCUCCAUCAUGGUGUCUUUUCUUAGUGUUGUGAAGACCAUGGUUGCCAAGGUCAACCUGAACACGCAGGCUCAGAGUUUCGUUGCAAUUAUUGGCCGUUUCGUUACAUCCAUUGAUUUUAACUCACUCAUUGCCAAAGCCAUCGAGUUUUUCAAGAGCAUCUACAGCAGCAUGCAAUCUGCUUAG